CACAAAUGGAACUGGAACUCCAACAUCAACAUCACCUACGGCAUUGACAAAUAACAAUAUGAAUACUAAUGCAACAAAUGCAAUGGGCUUCAAGAUUGCCCUUGACUUUUAUGGAAAGUAUCUCACGCCAUUUGAACGCAGUGAGAUACGUGACUUCCCUACCGUGUACUUUGUCGGACCUCACGCCGAAAAGGUUCAGGCCAGCCCGGAGCAGUCUAACUUUAACUAUGGCUAUGACGAUGAACGUGGUGACUACAAGAUUACUAUGAAGGACCAUCUAUCAUAUCGCUAUGAGGUUCUUCAGGAACUGGGUCGUGGUUCGUUUGGCCAGGUCGUUAAAUGUUUUGAUCACAAGACCGGUCUCACUGUGGCCAUCAAAUUGAUUCGCAACAAGAAACGAUUCCAUGCACAGGCCCUGACUGAGGUCAAAAUUCUGAAGAAUUUGGUUGAUUGGGAUCCUGAAGACAAGCAUCACAAUGUUCGGAUGACAGACUCAUUUUACUUUCGAGGACAUUUGUGUAUUGCUACCGAGUGUCUCAAUAUCAAUUUGUACGAGUUUAUCAAGUCCCACAACUUCAAGGGAUUCAAGGUACCGCUCAUCAGAAGAUUUACUAUUCAGAUUUUGCAAUCUCUUAGUCUAUUGUCUCAACACGGUGUUGUGCAUUGUGAUCUCAAACCAGAAAAUAUUCUACUGAAGCACCCCCAAAAGAGCACCAUUAAAGUCAUUGAUUUUGGUAGCAGUUGCCUCGAAAAUGAACGGGUGUACACUUACAUUCAGAGUCGCUUCUAUCGUUCACCUGAGAUUAUUCUAGGAAUGAACUACAAUAUGGCAAUUGAUAUGUGGAGUGUAGGAUGUAUUUUGGCUGAACUCUUUACAGGUCAACCUCUUUUCCCCGGUGAGAACGAACAAGAACAACUUGCUUGUAUUAUGGAAAUCCUCGGUACCCCCAGUCGCUACCUUAUUGAGCAAAGCGCACGCAGAAAACUCUUUUUUGAUUCAACUGGAGCCCCACGCAUUGUACCUAACUCAAGAGGACGGAAGCGUCAACCGAGCGCACUUUCCUUACACAAGGUGUUGCGUUGCAAUGAUCCUGCGUUCCUUGAUUUUGUUGAGAGAUGCCUCGAAUGGGAUCCCCAGAAACGCCCCACACCAGAUGAAGCACUCUUGCAUGAAUGGAUCGUUCCAAAGGUUACUCCCAAACCACCGCCGGUUGUAGCCAGCUCCAGAGGCUUUUCUGCAGAAGAAUACAACUCUAUUGCCAUGCGAACCAUGUCUCCACCAGCCGGAAUCCCAAAGACAAGCGCAACCGGAUAUCUGUAUACACUGAGGAAAAAUUCGUUUAUGGUAGAUACUGAUCGUAUACUGUAAAACCAGCCAUUUUCUCUCCUUCCUGUCUUUAUUAUUGUCAUCUCCCUUCCUCAGUUCAGUUCAAUCGGUCAGUCCUGAGUACGGUUCUACCCUGUCCUGUCUGCCUUGUUUUUAUUAUUCUCUAUUUUAAAUAUCUUUCCUCCUUAUCCUCCCUUAUAUUUUGCUGUAAUCUUUUUCUAUUUUGCAUCCAAAACUCUCGUCUUCUCAGUUCUAUUUUUUUUACAACCAUGCUUUGUGUAUACGUUCAAUGGACCCCAUAUCUCCUCUUCCUCUACCACUUUUCCUCUUUUCCUUCUCCUUUUCCUUCUUCCGUCUCAGUAUUUACAAGUCCCUCUGUACAAAAGAAAAGGCUCGAACCAAAUUUAGUUUUGUUUUCUCUCUCUUUAUCUAUCUCCAUCUCUUUCAUACAAAACAUGAGCUGUUAAAAAAAUGUAGCAUUAGUUGCCAAGCAACCGUUUCUUUAUAUAUAUAUAUACCAAAGCGAUAGGAAGUAUAGUGACUCAAAGCAAACAAUAUAUAUAUAUAUAUACACUCCCAAAACUGAAAUCACCGACAAAAUCUUUGAUUUCUACCCCCGAAUAAACCAUACAUCAACUUC